CCACGUAUGGGACCACGUGAUUUUCUGGAAAAGCGUUCCCCCAGGAAACGGAAGGACUUCGAUGGGGCCUCCCGUUUUGCGCAUUUUUCGUUCAUGAAAUGUCAAUUCCAGGUACCCACGUAGUCGCAACAAUCGAUGCGUUUUUAAUUUGUUAUUUUUGUAUUUUUUUUUACUUGUUGGCUGACAAGUCUCGGACGCUCGCGUCGCGGGUUUGCGUCUUUUAAACGUCAUCGUCAGCGUUUGACUGAGGUCUGAGGAGCACUCGCUCCGUGUGUGUGUGUGCAUUAGUGUGUGUGAGUGGCACGGUUGUGUGAGUGCGCGUGUGCAUUUUGUGCAGCUGUAUGCGAUCAUGCGGCAGUCACACAGCAGUUUCCCGCUCUCUUUCUCUCUCUCUCUGUAGCUCGGCGAAAAAGCGUUGUUUCAAUUGACAACUCAAAAACUAUAAACAAAAGGGAAACGUUUCAGUUGAUUCAACUUCGACACCGGGGCCUUGCAUACAGCACAAGACGAGGCUUAAAUAAUUCCUAAAUAACAUUCCAGCCAUUCCGAAAAGGUGCUCGGUAUUAUUUGCGGUUUGGCGGGGCGUAUUCUUGAUUUUCGCCUGUACAAAAUACACUUUUUGUAAUUAUGAUGCGAUAAGCAAUUGAAAAAUAUCAUCAUAAAUGUUUUGUUGUGAUUUUUAUACACAGAGAAAAUGAAGGAAUGUCGCGGAGAGAGGAGAAUUUUGUUGAGUUUCUAUGUAAAGACGCCUAUCUAUGCAUUGUUUGGGAUUGACAUUCAUUCAAUGUUUCCAAAGAUGAUCGUAUGCUAAGAUUUGUUAGGUUUUAGAAGGGGACUACUCUGUUCUGUUAAUGAUGUUCUUCUCUUGAGAAUUACUCCCUAGACAGAAUCCAUAAGCAAUGAUGAGUUGGUGGAGGAGUUGAUGAUCUGUCGAUGAAGUGCUCAUUGCAUCUGUUGAUUUAUUAAUUGAUGGAAAACCCUCAAACGUCAAGCCCCAAAAUCGGUUUCAGUAAGUCCCUAGCUAUCGAGAAUCAAUUACAGUUCUCGGAAAAACAUAAACUGCUUGAGAACCGGUUAAAUGGAAAGGCCUUUAACCCUAUCAACUGAAAAAUCAGUACACAAAUAAACUAUAUACUUAAAAAGCGACUUAUAGAUAGACAGAGAUAGAGAGUAAGAGCGAGGGAGAGGGAUAGGGGGAUAGUGGGAUAGGGAGAGCCUGUCUAGCAAAAUAAAUCAAUGAACGGCAAUUGGCAAGAGAUAAAAAUAACGAAAAUAGUGAACAAUUUAAUUAAGUCAAGUUUAAAGCAACAGACAGCUUAAAACGAAAGAGACAGGGACAGAAGCUGGACAGAGACGAAAAAUAUUACAAGUCAGAGCUUUGCGAAAAGGCGGAACGUCGAGGAAAGAAAGCGAAAUAGAAAUAGUGGAUGAUGGCUGCAAAAAAGAAUGGGAAAAAACAGCAAAAACAACAACAACAAACGGCUCAUAUGAGUAUUGGGUAUUAUCACACACACGCACACACGGAGACAGAGGCAGCAGCAGCAGCACGAGCAGAGACACAGAUACAUGGACACUAUGCUGUAAUCGUCGCAAUGCAAUUAGCAUUGGAAGCAAAAGCUCAAGUUCACUGACAAAGAAAUCAAACACUCACACAGAACGAGAGUCAGGGACAGAGAGGGAAACACACAGAGAGCGAGAGUAGGAGAGUGAGAGAGAGGGAGAGCUAGUGAUAGACAGAUAGAGAGGGACACACGCAUGCACACAUGCACAUUCCGGGUAUGCGAUAAUUUUUGUAACCGAGCGAAGCUUUACAAAUGCAAUCAAAUGACGUUAGUUCCCCCUUCAGACCCACAGAGCGAGAUAGCGACAGCGAGAGAGAGAGUGUCGGCGGGAGAGCAGGCCCGCUCCACAGAUAGAUAGAUAGAGCGUGCAAGUGGGACAGCGGAAGGGAGAGAGAGAGAGUGAGCUUACUCGUGAGUAGGUCAGUCAACGAUCUUCGGGCCGGACCGGGCCUGGCCGGGUUGAGUAAACUUGCCUUGCCAUUGCUCUGCACUCUGCAGUCGCAGUCGCACUUAGAGCUCCCCCCGCCAACCGGCCAACCGACCAACCGACCAACCGACCAACCGACUUUCUGAGCUUUUUAUUUGUUUGCAUUUUUCUACCCCACUCAUUGGCUUCCGCAUUGCAAAUAAAUAUAUAGUACAUACAAUUAAAUAACAGCCAGAAUGCUGUCAAUGCCAAAUGUUUAAUCUGUCAGCAAUGAGCGGGCUUUCUGCAGUCGAUGAUAGAUAGUUCAUUGAAUUGUUUUGUAAUUCGAGUUUAUCUCGUUUGGGUGGUGAGCGAUACCCGGAUCGCUUAAGAGAUGUAUAAACAGAAGAGCGGGAACACUUUGAUCAGAUAUCUAUUUCUUUAGACGCUGUGAACAGCGGACAAUCGAUCUGCAUUCGGUUUCUGGCAUUUCUCUAACUGCUUGACAUGAAACUCUGAAACCUGGCUGCCCUGAAACUCUUAAACCUCGCUUUUGUAGAAAUAUGAAAGCAGUGGCUGUGAGACUGCUAUCUGCUUGCCAUGAAAUUCUUAAACCUGGCUGCCCUGAAACUCUAAAACCUCGCUUUUGUAGAAAUAUGAAAGCGGUGGCUGUAAGACUGCUAUCUGCUUGCCAUUAAACUCUGAAACCUGGCUGCCCUGAAACUCUAAAAUCUCGCUUUUGUAGAAAUGUGAAAGAGGUGGCUGUGAGACUGCUAACUGCUUGCUAGGGAACUCUGAAAGCUGUCUGCUAUAAGCACUUACAGCUGGUUUCUGGGGGAAACUAGUUUAUUCCUGAGCCGUCAGCUAUUAUGUAAAUACCAUUCGCGAGGCAAUAAAAUAUUGAAAGUAUUUGCCAUUUGAUCCAUCCCUUACCCACACAUUAAACCACUCAAAUGUCAGUUAAUUGAGGAAUCUAGCACUAUAAGGAUUUCUAUAUAUGCAGCCUGGGACUUUGAUGGAAUAUAGUCUAGAAAGAACACAAGAUUAAAACAUGCAGAGUAUUUUACGUAUACUUCUUUGUAAGAAGAUCUGCUCUCCUCCAAAUGAAUAUAUAUUUGACCCAAUAACUGCCACUAAUGGUUCUAUAAUCGAACGCGACAGAGUUGGCAGUAGUCCACAUUCCUCAGCUUAAAGGCAACCCCUUCAAUCAUCAUAAUACCCGACACUCUAUCGCUGUGUCUCUACCUUUUCGCUCUAAAGCCAAACCAAAACCAAACGAACCGCACUAAUUGCAAUACGAGCCAUUAAACGAGUCAUUGGCAAUUAUAUGCUGGCGGGCUGGGCUCUGGCAACAGUUUGAGCCACCAGCGGGGUCCGAGGCCAAAGCCAGAGCCACAGCCAGAGCCAACAGCUACUUACGGUUAACCAGCAAAACACUUGGCCAACAGAGAGACGGGUGGCAGGGCAAGGCCGGGCAGGGCAGGGUACUUGGCUUUGAUGUGUGGCGAGUAUUUAAAAUGUUUGUGUGUCCCUUUGGUGUGGACAUAUGGGAAAUUAUGAGCUGCGUUUGGGGUCUAACCGGAUUAAUUACAGCUCCUGCAUGCCGACAAAGAAGCGAAUAUCUCUCGCUUCCGCUCCCGCUCUCGCUCUAUGUUUCUGUAUUUGCGUUUGCGUGUGUGUUUCUGUGUGAUUUUAAGCUGCUUUGCAAUUUUAAUUAAAGGCUGAUUUUAUCCUGGAUUUAUGAACUUUAAAUUGGUCCAACUCCGACGUCAUUGGCUCGUGUUGUUUGUCGACAUCGAAGAAGGUUUCCCUGCUAUCCCGUGCCAUUGGAAAACAAAGUGCAUUUCAGAGGCUUGCAAGAACCUUUGACAUUUUGAUGGAAACGAACGAAAGUUUUCAAGUUUCUGUUGAGCAAGAAAUUGCUUUCCUUUCCUUUACUUUCCACGGAAGCCCUGCAGCUGCAAGCCUGGCAAUUAAAACGGAAUAAUUGUGGAAUAACUGUGUGCAAGAAAAUCAUUUUAUGCAGGGCAACAGAAAAAUCCACCUCCGUAUGCGAGACUAUGGAAAAAAUGGAAAAUGAAUAUGCAAAAAAACGUGUGCAAUAUGUAAGCGAAUGUGUGGCUGAUAUAUAAAUAGGGCUCGGUGGGGUUGUGAGUGUGGGUGUGAGUGCGAGUGCGGGGGCACACGAGGCACAGCCGCGUCAUGAGGCAAUGUCUAUAUACAGCCAGGCAAUUGGCCAGCUGCUGCUGCUGCUGCCACACAUCUACAACAGCCAUGCAACCACUCCGGCAGUUCGCCACUCAACCCCUCCAUCACUUCUGGCUAGUUCCUGCCCCACCCCGCACCACCGCACCACACCACACCCCACCCCGAUGGCGACUGGUUGUUAUGGCAUUCGCUGUACGCAUUUUGUAACAUCACAAAAUAGCGUAGCAUACAUUUCAGGGGUUGCAACUGUGCAACACGCCAAACCAUGGCAGGUUCGUGCAACGAUUGGGGCACGCCUGGCUGGCAGAUUGGCCGCCUGCCUCGGCUCGUGUCGGGUACGGGGCGCCUGCGCAGGCGCGGCUUAUUGUGUCUGUGGCAUCUUAUGUAAUUCUGCCUGCCACAGAGCAGCGGCAGCGGCAGCAGUGGCAGCAGUGGCCGCAGUAGCAGCCGCAGCAGAAGGAUGCUGCUGCUGCUGCUGCUGCCACCGAGUGAAACUAGACCCAAAGUGAAAACCAAAGCCGAAACAGAAACUCAACUGCACUUGUUGCUGUCGGUCCGCGUCGUGGAGCAACAUUAACUCGAAAAUCCGAAAGAGCGACGGCAACGACUCGGUGGAAACACUUCCAAGGCGCUACAAAGCGAAGGAUAUAUAAUGGAUAUUUUUUUUUUAAUUCUUUCAGUUGAUCAAAAUGUGGCACACUGAGCAAGUGGAAAUCAAUUGUUGUGCGAACAUAACCUGAGCCAAAACUUGAACCCAGACUCCAGCGAAUAAACAUAAUCAGAAUAAUAAAAAACUAUGUGAACCAGAAACUAAUUGUCGCAUUUGUGUGCAAGUCUUCAAUAGAAGUUCGGUUCGGUUUUCCCUCCCCCCUCCCAACCCCCUUUGCCUCAUCGUUCUGUUCUAUUGCCCGCUUCUGGUCGUAUUUAAAGAUUCGUUCGGUUCAAGGAUUAUCCAGUAAAUACGAAAAAUGGACGACGAGAGCGAUGACAAGGAUGAUACGAAAAGUUUCCUUUGCAGAAAGUCACGGAAUCUGAGCGAGAAAAAGCGACGGGAUCAGUUCAACUCUUUGGUCUGCGAUCUGAGCACCCUGAUAUCCACCUCCGGUCGGAAGAUGGACAAGUCGACGGUCCUCAAGUCAACCAUUUCAUUCCUGAGGAAUCAUAAUGAGGCCGCGGACCGAUCCAAGGUUUUUGAGAUACAACAAGACUGGAAGCCCACGUUUCUGAGCAACGACGAGUUCACGCACCUGAUGCUGGAGUCCCUCGAUGGUUUCAUGAUAGUCUUUAGCAGCUUGGGUGCUAUAUUCUAUGCCUCGGAAAGUAUUACCUCACAGCUGGGCUAUUUGCCGCAAGACCUGUACAAAAUGAACAUCUACGAUCUGGCCUAUGAAAUGGACCACGAGGCCCUCAUGAACGUCUUCGUCAAUCCGCCGCCUGUGAUCGAGCCCCGGCAGACGGAAAUCAGUGCCAGCAACGAGAUAUCCUUCUACAGCCAUAUUAGGCGCGGCGGGGUCGAGAAGGCGGAUACCAACUCCUACGAACUGGUUAAAUUUGUGGGUUACUUUCGUAACGAUCCCAACACCUCGGCGGGCUCCCGUUCCGCAAGUCCGAGCGGCAGCCAGUCUGCGCCCGUCCUGCCGCGCAUCUUCCGUGAGAACACCAGCGUGGAGGUGGACCGAAAGCUGGUAUUUGUGGGCACGGGCCGCGUCCAGAACCCGCAGCUGAUACGCGAGAUGAGCAUAAUCGACCCAACCAGCAACGAGUUUACUUCGAAGCACAGCAUGGAGUGGAAGUUCCUGUUUCUCGAUCACCGCGCGCCCCCAAUCAUUGGCUACAUGCCGUUCGAGGUGCUGGGCACCUCCGGAUACGAUUACUAUCACGUCGACGACUUGGACAACAUUGUGGCGUGCCACGAAGAGUUGCGACAAACGGGCGAGGGAAAAUCCUGCUAUUACCGCUUCCUUACCAAGGGCCAGCAAUGGAUAUGGCUGCAAACGGACUACUUUGUAAGCUAUCAUCAAUUCAACACGAAGCCGGACUACGUUGUGUGCACCCACAAUGUUGUCAGCUAUGCGGAGGUCAUCAAGCACACUCAGAAGGAGCGCCAGCAGGCGAGCAGCAAGGACUGCAAGGCCCAGACCUCGACGGCCAGCAGCAGCAAGCCGGCGACGGCCACGACAACGCUGAGAGACUUGGAGCUGGCCAAUGAGAAUCUGGAGAGUAAUCUGCUGGACAAUAGCCUAUCUAAAUUGACCAAUGAAACGGCUGCCACCUCACCCGCAGUGGAGUCGUCACCCAUGUGGUCAGCGACGGUGACGGUAGCGGCAGCGGCAGCAUCGGGCUCUUGCCAAGCAAAUCCUCUGAAAAUAGCCAGGCCCGCCUCGAGCUAUAGCAACAUUAGCUCUACGGGUAUCUCGCCAAAAGCCAAACGGAAAUGUUACUACUACAACAACAGAGGCAAUGACUCGGAUUCCACUUCAAUGUCUACGGAAUCAGGCACCAGCAGACAGUCGGGAGCCAGCAGGCACUCCGUGUUGACGCAUGCGAGUUCGCAAAGUCAACGACAGCGGUCACAGCUUCGUGAUCACAGUCAAAGUCAUAAUAAUAACCAUCACCAGCAGCAGCAGCAGCAGCAACAGCAGCAACAGCAGCAGGCGCAACAACAGCAGCAGCAACAACAUCUGCAACACCUCCAGCAACAGCAGCAGCAGAUCCAACAGCAGCUGCAACAGAACGUGGGGCCGCCCAAGCUGGUGCCCAUGCUGCCUAUCGGACCCGCACAGAUCAUGGCAGGCAACGCGUUUCCGCAGUCCCCCUAUCCUCUGGCCAGCCCCCAGCUCGUGGCGCCUACUUUUCUGGAACCGCAGCAGUUCCUGGCAGCCAUACCCAUGCAGCCAGUGAUAGGGCCGUUCCCGGUGCCGCCAGUCCCUGUCCUCUCGCCGCUGGCUGUGCCGAAUCAAGGGCAAGGGCAGCAGGAACUACUGCCCGGAAGUGUGGUGAUGACGCCGACGCAGAGUCAGCUGCAGGAUCAGCUGCAGCGCAAACACGACGAGCUGCAGAAGCUGAUAAUGCAGCAACAGGACGAGCUGCGGAUUGUGUCGGAGCAGCUGCUCCUAGCCCGCUAUACGUACUUCCAGCCCGUGGUGCAGAUGGGACUCUCACCGGGCAACAUGGCACCGGGCAACAUGACACCGGGCACCAUGACACCGGGCACCAUGACACCGGGAACUGCAAUGCCCAAUGCGGCGGGUGCCAGCGUUCAGCAGCGCGCAUUCAACUUCUCAAGCACGAAUGCAGUGCAGCCGCAUUUCAAUCAGUAUGGAUUCGCGCUGAACUCGGAGCAGAUGCAGAACCAGCAGGACCAACAGAUGAUGAUGCAGCAGCAGCAGAACCUUCACAGUCAGCAGCAGCAUAAUCUCCAUCAGCAGCAUCAGAAUCAGAAUCAAAUGCAGCAGCAGCAACAUCUUUUGGAGCAGCAGCAAUUGCAGCUGCAACAGCAGCAGCAGAACGAAAUGUUGUCGCGCGAGGACAUAGAGGACAUUGAUGCCUUUCUCAAUCUGUCGCCGCUGCAAUCUCUCGAGCCUCCAGCUGCACUAAACUCUAGCCACAACAACAACCAUCCCAGCUUUAACAAUGGCAACGGCAACAGCAGUCAGAACAUCAUCGGCCACAACAACAACAACAGCAGCAGCAACAACAACAACAACAGCAGCUCGACUGCCCCACAGAAUCACAACGAAGACUCCUUGUUGUCGUAUAUGCAGAUGGCCACAAGCCCUUCGGUCAACUUCCACAUGGGCAUCAGUGACGAUUCCGAGACGCAGAGUGAAGACAAGAUGAGGAUGGGCAGCAGCAGUAGCCAUCUGCAGCUGCAGCAGCAACAUCUCCUGCAGCAACAGCAACAGCAACAGCAGCAGCAGCAGCAACAGCAGCAGCAGCAGCAACAGCAGCAGCAGCAGCAACAGCAGCAACAACAACAACACCAGCAGCAGCUACCAGAGUCGAGCAGCUUUUACCAUUCGAAUCCAUUCGUCGCCCACCUACAGAAUCAGAAUCAAUUGCCAAACGACCUGGAAAUAUUGCCCUUUCAAAUGUCGCAAGAGCAAUCACAGAAUCUAUUCGAUGCAUCAAACACAGCCCCUGGCGGAAGUCAAUAACACAUGUGGAACCCUAGUUCGUAAGCUCCUAUAAGAUUCCCCCCCCAUCCCCUAUACGAGUAUCUUGUGCAUCUGUGUAUUAACUAGCUGUCUCUCUAUCGAACUUUCUCGUGGAACUCCUUUUGGGACUAGUUGUAGAUCUCAACAGACUAGGUAUUGUUCUACUUAUAGAUGGAUUUGGACUACAUUGUGUGUGUGUGUGUGUGUGUUUGUAUGUAUGUAUGCACGAA